AUGAGUCGCCCGGCAAAACGCCAGCGAAUGGAGGAGCCUGAGGCCCAAACACCAGAGUCACUGCAGCGUUCUAUGACCCCCCCUAGAAAGAAAGACAGAAAAUCAACUGUCGUGAAGUCCCCAUGGCAAUUGACCUGGAUCCGUGACCUCCCAGAGGGCGACAAUCAAGAUGCCGUGACUCUUAAGGACCUCCUCAGCGAUCCUCUCAUUUCAGAGUGUUGGGAGUUCAACUUCCUGCACGAUAUCCCGUUUCUCAUGGACUCUUUCGACCCCGACACACGCCACCUCGUCAAGAAUAGCAUGCCUUCACGUCCUAACUCUCUACAGACCGCAGCAUCGGAAUUUGAAAACGUCAAAAUCCAUAUUGCCCCUAUGCCAGAAAUGUUCGGAACACAUCACUCGAAAAUGAUGAUUCUGUUCAGACAUGAUGAAACUGCUCAAGUCAUCAUCCAUACUGCCAACAUGAUUCCAAAAGAUUGGACCAACAUGACAAACGGCGUUUGGAAAUCACCCUUACUCCCCAAACUGUCAGGUGCACAAAACGUUCAAGCUUCACCGGAAGAUCAUUCUGUUGGAAGCGGACAACGCUUCAAAAUCGAUCUUCUCAACUACUUAAAGGCCUAUGAUAGGCGUAAGAUCAUCUGCAAACCACUAACUGAUAAGCUUACACAACAUGACUUCUCAAGUAUCAAAGCUGCACUAGUUGCGAGUGUGCCGGGAAAGCACGACUCCCGGGAUAUGUCAGAAACUUCCUGGGGCUGGGCGGCUCUGAAAAGGUGUCUGCAGCAUGUACCAUGCCAAGAUCACGGUGACUCAGAUAUUGUGGUACAGGUUUCUUCUAUUGCUACGCUGGGUGCAAAGAAUGAUUGGUUACAAAAGACUCUUUUUGAGCCUUUGACUCGUUCUAAAAACACAGGCCUCGGCCGGCCUAGGUUUAAGGUUGUCUUUCCUACCGCUGAUGAGAUCCGGAAAUCUCUAGACGGAUAUGCGUCCGGGGGUUCCAUACAUACCAAAAUCCAGUCAUCACAGCAGGCAAAACAAUUGGAGUAUCUUCGCCCAAUUUUCCAUCAUUGGGCCAAUGACUCACCCCGCGGUGCUAGUGAGUCUAACUUCUACGUAGUCCUUGGACUUUUUGCCUAA